GGUUCUUUUGACCGAACCGGUACUUUCGGAUCAGUUCCGUGAAAGAUUCGUUCAGAACGAUUCGUUCAUCUCGGUCAUUUCGUUCUUUUCUGUGAAUAGGAUCUGGCUCUUUUAUCAGGUGACGUAACUCGUUCAUCCUUUAGAGUAUUGGCUACGUGUUUGCUUCCAGCCUCCCCUCGUUAUCGCGUGACCCGAUAACGAGAGGAGGCUGGAUCGCGUGGGUGGUUAUCUUUAUCUACUCUGCAUGGGUAAAUGAAAUUUCAAACGUCUAGUUGUAUACUGACUGUUAUAAAAUUAUUGACUGUUGAUCGCUGCAAAUGCUUCAUGCAGUGAUUCUAUAUAAUACGGGAGCAUUAAAUCUAAGAAUGUUAGGUACGAAAGUGAUCUUUCUUAACUUUAAUUUGUAAUCGCACUAUUAUAGCUAGUACUUGAACAUUGCUUUUCGUAGCCAGUGAAUCACAGUUGCGUAUAUGAAACAAGAUUAUUUAUAUUGUAUUACUUUUUAAGUUACAAAUAUUAAUAUACAGGCUAUUUACACUCUAGAGAGAGUAAAGUGUUUACAUGUAGACCAACACAUUUAGAGAAAAAAAGACAAAAAUUGAAUACUACUACUGCGAUUCAGUAUGAAGAGAGAAAAAUGAAGUAGGUACAUUAAUUAACACCUAAAUGGAAAAAAAAUGCAAUGUACAUUUUAGACGAUUUAGCCAUGGACACUGUUAAUCAGUGGCAUUGGAACCCGUGCGAGUUUCUAGAUGCUACCAAGGAGCAGCUCAAGUAUGCUGUUAUCAUACUCAAUCGUCCAAUCACUGUGAGGCGUGAUGUAAUGGCAUCGCUGUGGAAUAGAGCACAGGUCCGGAUGACGGUUGAUGGUGGCACGAAAUGCUGGCAUGAAUUCGUGACGGCUGAAGGUCAUGCCUCCGAGGUGAUAGACAGCCCGUCGCCACACGUGAUCUGCGGGGACUUGGACUCUCUGCCGAUGGAAAUGCUGGAAUGCUAUCCACAAGCACGAGUGACGAGGACACCAGACCAAGAUGAGACCGACUUCACCAAGUCACUUAGAGUGCUCGAUGAAUACUUAGUGGAAAAACGUUUGGAGGUGGACGCGGCGGUGGCGGUGUGCGACUGGUCGGGCCGGCCAGACCAGGUCCUGGGCAACGUGAGCACGCUGCUCCGGGCCGCGGGCGAGCCAGGCGCGGCGCCAGUGUUCCUGCUGGCGGAGAGCUCCCUCACGUGGCUGCUGCCCGCCGGCUCCCACGUGCUGGAGGUGCCGGCGCGGCUGCGCGAGGGGCGGUGCUGGUGCAGCCUGGCGCCGGUCGGCCGGCCCGCGCGCUGCGUCUCCACCUCGGGCCUCCGGUGGGACCUGGACCACAGAGAGCUGGAGUUCGGGAAGCUGGUGAGCACGUCCAACAAGUUCAGUGGCGAGCCUCGUGUUACCGUUCGGACAGACUCUCCUCUGGUGUGGUCCAUGGGACUGGGGUACAUUAGUGAUUGAAGUACCUGUGUCCUGCGUAGUGGAUACCUUUACUCAUCGUAGACAUAGACGUAAUGCGUAGCUUCCUAGGUGACGGAAAUUGAUGUUAUGUUGUUGUUGAUGUUAUGUGUGAGCUUCAGUGUUAAAGCAGGGGCACAUGCAGGCCAUUUUUUUUUUUGAAGCGGAGGGAGUACGCAGAUACUUGCAGACUAUUGGUCACUGGUAAAAGGAAACACAGGGUCAUUAAAAAAAAAUAACACAACUGAAAAACUAGACACUAAUAGUCCGGAAUUAACGGUAAUAGUGCUGGAAUUCAAGAAACUUUAAUUUAAGCAAAAUUUUGCUAACUUGCAUUUUGUUUUGACCCUCAACCCCCUUCCCACUCUUCUUCCCCCACUUCAUCUACAAAUUAAAUAUAAAUUUUGGAUCCUGUUCACUUAAAUUAUGUGAAAAUAAUCCCUGGAAAGGUAUCAGCUUUAACAUAUACCUGUGAAUAGUGGAGCUAUUUACUAUCUUAUAUUGUAUUUGAUUUUGCAAAUUUUAUGUAAAAAAGACCCUUUGUUACCGAAUGUUGUAGCAAAAUUUUACUAACAGAUACUGAAGAAGUUCUGAAACUAGUUCAUCAAGUAUGUUAUAAGUAAUUGUACCUUUUUUUUUGUGCCAAAAUCAUACAUGUUACUAUGUAAAAGGCCCAGUUGCGCCUUUAUGGAUAUUUAGUACAACCCUUUUUGUCUGUUCUGACAUCCCAUUUCUUAACUUGGUCUUUGAGCAUUAUAAAGUUGGAAAAAAAAUUGCUCUCAUCUCUUAUGAUCAUAUUCCUGUAAAUUUUUAUAGGAAGCCACCAAAGCUUUAUCUAAGUGUACAAGAAAAGAAAUGCACAAAUAUUACCAACUUAAAAUACAAUAAAUUAAGAUAAAUUGAAAUGUAGCUAGGUUACACUUGCUCCAUACCCUGGGGUUAGUGUAACCCACUAUUAUUUUACAGCACAAACAUCACAUUUUAGGUCCUUGGGCAAGUGUACAUAAACUAACAAGGCCUGCAUUUACAAUCUGUAAAGACAUUUGAAGCAUCCCUUGAAGUCUCUAAUAAAUGUCGCAACUAAAUAAAAAGAGAUUACUAACUGUUGAUUUCACUAUAAAUGUUGGCCACUAACAUCAGUUUACGUCAGUUACAACAAUAACUUAACACAGAUGUAAAGAAGCAAAGUUUACAUUAAAUUUGUAUUUACUACCACUCUUGUCAACAACUGGAUCUGGGUGGAAAUAAAAUAUUUCUUCGGGAGUGAUGACACUUGUAUCAGCAACAUCCGGCCAGUGAAAUGUUAAUGAUGUGCCCAUCCUCCUCGUGAAUUUCACUUCAAUAUCAGGUUCCUUCUCCAUGAUUUGUGCAACAAAACAUUUAACAGUCUUUUUGGUGCAAAGUUUUACCACACACCAGUCAUCUACAUUGAAGUUUGCGAGAUCUUUCUCUGCAAUGUUCAUAAAGUCACAUUCUUCCUCUUCAUCUCUCACAAUGUCAGAACCGUCACACUCAUCAGAGUCUUCCUGGCAAACUUGAGAUUGCUCAUCAUCUUCACUUGUUUCAAUAGGUUGUAUCUGCUUCCUUUUUGUAUGCUGCUUCUGAGCCUUACUGGUUUUCACACGUUCUUCAAGUGUUUCUAUAGCUUGUCUUGAUGUUAUAACUUCUGCCUGACCACAAAUGCGUUUUCUUGUAGUUUCUGUUCUUGAUGUUUGUUUUAACUGAUCUAACAGCAAAUCCUCAAAUGUUGUCAUCCUACGUUCUUGCUCGGGCUGCUUCAAACUUGCUUUUUCAGCAGUUGUAAUGGUUUCUUGAUUCCGGUGCUGAUUGCAAAAUCUCCUGUAAGCUUCUUGUUCAAAGGAUUCUUUGGCGAUAACAGUGUCACAGAAAGGGUAAAUCCCAGCUUUUUUGAAACCAUUAAUAAUAAUAAUGGGGUCUAAGUCUCCCCAUAUUUGUGACAAUAUUGACACAAAUUGUAAUUUUGGCAACUUUCUUCCAUAAUUUUUUCUCUGCCAUUUAAUCACAGCUUCAUCCCAUUUCAGUUUCAGUGGUCUGAAGACACUGAGAUCCAUUGGUUGAAGGAGAUGGCUCGUGUGUGAGGGUAAUUUGAAAAUUAUGAUUUUCUGCUCCACUGCUAUGUGUACAAGAUCAAGACCAACAUGGGAACUAUGGCCAUCAUAAAUGAGCACUGCUGGCCUUUCUGGAUGAAUGUUGGUAAUGACUUUUUUCGAAAAGUAACUUGUGAAUUUUUCUGAAUCCAUACAUCCAUUGGUGGUUGCUGUGUAUGUCGUUCCAGGAUAUUCUUGACCAUCUGGGGCAAUCCAGGAAUUCCAAACAUUUUUCCCUUUGAAAAUGAUUAGAGGAGGUAGUUUUUCUCCAACUGCAUUGGCCGCCAUUAAAACAGAUACGUUCUCCCUUCCUGGCCCACUUGUCACCCGAUGUGAAGGAGUACCUUUCUCACCCACAACUCUGAUCCUACUGGGAUCCAAACAGAAGCUGGUUUCAUCCAGAUUCCAUAUCUGGUUUGGAGGGACAUUCUCUGUGAUUUCUUUUAACUUAAUAAAAUAGUAAUUUAUUAUAAACCGGUCAACACACUUUUUCCGCGACACUUCCACACUUUGAGGCUUUUGCAGACUCAGGUGAUGUGUUUUUUGGGAAUCUACAGAAGAAAUCGUAUCCAGGAAUUCCAUCCUUAAAAGGUGUUACUAUUUUGUUCUCAUUUACAUAGCGACCAAUGAUCUCAAAUGUUUCUUUUUUGGAAAGACCAAACCCCCACUUCUCCAUCACCUUGAGCGAUUCUGAAAUUACUUUUUCAUCUUCUGCAGGAAGAGCAAUUGGGCGACCAAAAGAUUGACUUUUGACACCUUUCUGUCCGCUGACAUGUUUGUAUACAGUAGGUUUAGGUAUUUUAAAAACCUUUGCAGCUCUAUAUACAGUCAUCUGUCUACUUUUCACAAGCUCCAUAGCCUUGUUUAAGGUGGCCUUUGAAUACGAAGGUGGCGCCUUUUUACGAACGUAUGUGCGCACCAUUUUAUCUGCAACAAAACAACAAUGCCAACUAACCUAGAAAUGAUUUACAAUAAUUACCUGGCAAUGACAUCACAUUUUACAUUAACUCAACUUAUAUUAAUAUACAUUUGAUAUUAAAUAUCACAUAAGUUAUGGGGCUUGAAACAAAUAAUAGAAACAAGAAACAUGAACAUGCCCCAUUGAAGUUGGCAAAGGUACUGGCAACUUGUAAAGGAAAAUGUAAGUAUGGCAAUACAGCCCUACAUAGCUGUUUGACAACUAGGCACAAUGCAAGAACUGACACGGGGCAAGUGUAACCCAUGCAGAAUAGUUAAGUUACACUUGCCCCGUUCAUAACUUCUAUUGAGGUAAGUGUAACCCAUGAUGGUUUUUUUAAUUCAUAUUAAUAUAACACUAAAUCUCAUAUUUUGUGUAUUAAUUACAUACAUGGAAGAGCAGCAAAAAAUAACUAAAACUGUGUUCUUAACAAAUGAAAUCCAAAGACAUUCACCAACUUACUACAUAGAGAAAAAGGCGCACUUCAGUGUUUACUAACAACCAUAGAUAACAUGACGUUGAAGUGUGUCCACUCUCACUUACAUGGAAAGUAGCAAUGUAAUGCUUUCCGAAACCACAGCCAGCUUACCUUUAUAGACAGUUCUGAAGAAUUUUAAUGGUUUGGGUUACACUUGCCCCAAAAAUACACUUACCCUGGUUUACCUUGUAUUUUGUGUUGAGGAUUAUUUGUUAAAAUUUUUCAUGAUCCAUUGAAAAGUUUUUUUAAGUGUGCACCCAUUUCUUAUUUGUUAUGCUUGAUACAAACAGCAUUCAAAUACAAAUUAAUUAUGAAUAUGGAAAACUGAUUGUUAAUUUUGUAAACCAAAACAACUCUAAAAUGACAUUGUUUUGCAACCAACUUAAAAAAUUAACUUGAACCGCAUGUUUUCAAUUUUGUAUUUCAGGAAUUAAGUAUUUUUGCUUGUGCCCCAGUGACAAGGAUUUUUUAUUCCUACCGUCAAUGGCAUUCUGAUAGCAUCUUCAGUAACUGGCAAAAUAUGAAAAAAAAAAAAAAAAAAAAAAAAAAAACUACCUUUGAGUUUUCUUGGUUGUGAUGACGAGGCAUUGUAUAGCGAGAGUGUAUAGUGAACAUAUUGUUACCUGUUUUUUAUGUUUUUAUUUUCAACAAAAACAAUUUGAAAGUCAUCAUUUUAGUGUUAUUGGUUUUAUUUUUAAUUUUUUUUUAUUUAUUAAUAUGGUGUAAUAUUUAAAAUAUUAUGUAUAUAAUAUAAUUUAUCCCAAAUUGUGUAUUCUAAAUUUUUAUAUAAAUUGUAUUUUUUUAAUAAAAUAAUAUUUUUCACUAAGUAUCAGAAUAUGUAAUGUAAAAAUGAGCUAUUAAGACUUAAACUACCAACCGGAGAAUUAAAUUAGUUUUUACUACUGAUUUUGUAUAUUUUCUUACUAACUUCAUCCUAAAACAAAUGUAUUGCAUGAAAGUGUUACUCACUAUGUUAACUUGUAUUUUGGUGUUACUAAUAUGGUACAUAACUCACAAUUGCAAUUCACAAUAAAAUAUUGUUCCUAUAUCUGUAAUGUUGUAGUCCCUCCCCAACCUGGGAAGACAGGACAAACGUAAUGACACCUGGCUUUGAGUAUAAAAUUAAAAAUAAGAAGUAAUUAAAUAAAUAGAAAAAUUUAAAACUUUUUCCAAAUUUUCCAUUUGAGAUACCAACUAGGGUUCGCUGUGUUUGUGUUUCACGUUACAUAAGCUAAACUUAAAGUAGCUAAACGAAAUAGAGUCAGUAGGAGGGAAAUUAUGGUAAUGUAUAAUGAAUGAGACCAUAAUCUAAAAAAUACCAAGCACAGUAAACAGUUGUAUACGUAACUAGACAUACUGGCUGUUCCUAGUUGAUAAUCUCAGUACCUACAGUCAAUUUUGAUGGUAGUUCCUUGAAAAUUUAAUGCAAACACUUAGUUAACAAAUAACGAAAUAACUAGGUUUAACAUUACAUUGCAACACAGGUGAAUUAAUGUUAAAUAAAUUAUAAAAUGUGCAAUAAAUUAAUGUUUCACAUAAAUACUGUUAAAAAAUAAACAUAUCAAUAAUUUAAUUCAUAAGUUAGACAAUUCUUGGUACAAACUGUAUUCAUCAGAUCUAAAUCUCAGUCCAAAUGGCCACAGUAUGGUUUCCCAACUACCUACUCAUAUGCCACAGCUGUCUCGCAUUGGAGUGAAACUUGAAUUUUCGCGAAAGUGCAACAUUUACUGAGACUUAUAUAUAGCAAAACAAAUAUAAUGGCAGUUCAUUUAUUUUGUCCCACAGGCUCAGUUUAAUUGCCAUAAACUGGCGCCUUAAAUCCUAGGUGAAUGAGUAAAUGCUCAAUAAAAAACAACUUUCAAAUGCCAUUAUCAUCCAAGAGAUUGGAAACUACCAAAAGAAAUAUCAAAGGUUAAACUGAGUUCUUGGUUAAAGAUUUUAUGCCCACAACAAACCAUCACAUCUGCAAAAAGCUAUAACAAAAACUAUUCCGAUAAUAGGUAUGUACUUUUUUCAUAGUAUAUUCUAAGUAUAAAAGCAUUAUGAUUUUUCAAUAGCAGCUGAUGCUUUAAAAUUUUUGGAAACAAUUCUGGUACUGUAUGAUAGGGUUAGCAAGUUAUUCAGUAAUGCUUGGCAUAAUAAUUAUAGACAUAUUUUUUAAUUUAUAUAUACAGUAAACUCCCGGUAUAUCGCCCCCCGAUUGAUCGCGGAAUCAGGUAUAUCGCGGGUCAAACCAUGUCCCCCAGUCAGAAAUUAAUAAUAAUAAUGGAAUAAAUGGUUGACAGCCGAUUAGGAUAAUUUUGCGUUGUAACUAACAAACUAAGCAUCGGGCAGAAAAAAGCCUAGGCGUAGAAAAUGUCCGCAGUGAAAUUCUAAACAUGAUAUCUCCGUACAUUAUUCCUCUAUCUUGUAGGGUUUUCAAAUUAUGAUCCAAUCCAGCCCAGUGAUAUUUUCUGAAACACUAGUUCUUAACGUCGCUUUAUCUCACAAAUGAAGCAUCGGACAGGGGACCUGAUAAAGCACACCGUCCAGCGACAUUAUCCAGCGUGACUCGGCCAGGGCCGUAACUAAGGGGGGGCAUGGGGGGCAUGUGCCCCGGGCGGCAAAUAUCAGGGGGCGGCAAAAUAUUAAAAGUGGUUCACUAAAACAAGUUGAUUCUAGUCAUUAAAAAAAGUUUUGAAAGUGUACAUAUCGCAACCAAUAUGUUAGCCAAGAAAUUAAGAAAUUCUAUUUAACUUGAUUAUGCAUAAUUUGUAAAUAUAUUCGUACUUCAAAUGCGUUACUUCACUCUAAGAAUCAAGUAUUACCAUAAUUCGUGGUCUAGAGUGAGUAAAACCACUGCGAUGAGAGCUGGUAUCUCAAAGACCCGUUUUGCGGGUGAUCACUUGGCUGAGCAAGAUGUAGCCCUUUCUCUAAUAAAUACCCUCAUUUUACCAGCCCCUACUCAGUCGCUACUGUGUUUUCGUACCAUGUGUGUGUCUGCCUGAGGACGGGAGCAGAUAGCAGUUCCCGAAACGUCGCUUGUUUCUGUUUUGGAAAAACUAUUGUGUUUGUUUCGUCUUUUCGUUUUGUCGUGUUUUUGUCUCGUUUCAACCAUUGUGCUGAAUUUUUUUUGGGUUCAAUAUUUUUGUGUCAUCAUGAUUUGUGGGUUUUUUUCGUUCUCUUAGUACAUUUUUCUUUGUUUUUCUUUGUUUGUUGACCAUAUUCCUGUUACGGAAUAUUUUGUGGUGUUUAUAUUCUGUUGACAACAGCAAUUUUUUUGCUUAAUUUAUGCUUUUUGUCUUUUGGUUAUUUUUACUUAUUUAUUUUAUUUUUUAGUUUUCUUCUACAGAAAAAGUGCUUAGCAAUGGCGUAUGUCCAAAUGUAAUGUUGAAAGUCAUUGACAGAUGAAUUAUGGAACGGAGUAACAGGUUUAAGGCUUUGGAGAACAUUAACAAUAAGUUUGAGUUUUUUAGUGGUGUUCAAAUUCAUAAAAUGGAAGUAGAAGAUUUAAAAGUCAAAGCAGCAGAAUUAGGAAACACAGGGCCGAUCUUAACAAAGAAGAAUUUGUAUUUGAAAUUGAAAGUUUUAAGCACCAUGCAUUAACAGUAGACUAUGAAUUAAAAGAUGCUACAGCAUCAAAAAUGUUGAGCCUUAUCUACAAAAUUAAAUUGGAGGAGGCACAUCCUAACAUUACUACUGCUCUGAGAAUGUUGUUCACCCUUCCAGUUACAAUUGCGUCAGGUGAAAGAAGUUUUAGUAAACUUAAACUUAUUAAAAGCUAUUUGAGAAGCACAAUGGGCCAGCAGAGAUUAACAAAUCUAAGUAUUAUUUAUAUCUAUUGAUCACAAACGAGCUGCUUUGAUCAAUUUUGAUGAUAUUAUUAACACUUUUGCCGCUAAUCAUGCUUGAAAAAUUAAAUUUUGAACUGAAUUUCUUUGUAUGGUUAUCAAUACAAUAUUAUACUUAAUUCAGAAGCACAUGUUCCUUAUGUAAUUUUAGUACUUAAUAAACUUAUUGGUAAUACAUUAAUUUUCAAUGUUGUGCAAACAAUAAACAAUAGUUUGAUAACAGUCUACUUCAUUAUAAUAAAAAUGUAAUUGUAUUAGUUUUCCAAUUAGUGUACUUGAUAAAUAAAAGUUCUCAAUUAUGUA